UCCAAGGCUACGUUGACUGGGUCAUGUUGCCUGCAUGCCCGGCCACUGCACGCCCAAGCAGCUUCUUUCUGUUUGGCCGGAUCGAGGGGGGCUAAACGGGCGCGGUACGGGCUAGAGAAGAGAUGGAGUGAUGUGGUACAGGAGGAUGUGGAGCUGAGUGGACUUGAUGAUGACUGGUACCAGCGGUGUCAAAAUUGGGCUCUGUGGAGGAGGCUCGUGAAGGACGCUGCUACUGGGCAGUUGGAGGCAGUCCCCUUCCACCAACAAUGAAGGACAGAGGAUGUGCGCUCACAACAACGAGCAGAGCGCCGGGCGACUAAAAUGCACACAUUUUGCACAGUAGGGGGCACAGGUGGUGGUGCAUCUGCCAGUCAUCUCAGUCAGAAUCAGAAUGGUUAUUUAGACUGCAGGAGGAGGAAUCCGAUGAGCUCUGAAGCUCUUUUCCACAAAUGUCCAGUAUGGGCAUGGGGAGUCAGCGAUUUUCAACGGCAACCACACGAUACAAACACGAUACACACAAACACACGAUACACACAAACACGAUACAUACAAACAAGAUACACACAAACACGAUACACACAAACACACGAUAGGAGUGCAAAAUAGAACAAAAGGUAAACAAGUCGUGAAAUGGAAAUUAAUUAUUUAAGUCCGAUUUAUCAAGAUUGGGCAAGAAGCAAAAACAUCAGUAGCCAAAUUAAACACAACAACAAGCAGCAGUUCUAAAGAAAUUAGGUGAUGAUUUAAAAGUGCAUCGUAGUUCCCAGUGGCUUCCUCAUACCGGAGAGGAAGAGCGUUCCAGACGUCUACCACAAGCAGCAGCAGAAUCUGAAAGCGACAUGCGACGCAGCAACGACCACUUUCUUUGUCCUACAGUUAGUAACCAGUGUCCGUGGUUUCUAUAUUCACGCCUUGUUUGCGAUACGUCACAGGGGUGGGGCGAGGGAGAUUAAUUUCCCUUCGUGUGCCUCACUCUUUGCCCCAGUGCCAGGACGAGAACGAUGAACGAGGGAGGAGAGAUGAAGAUCUACUGCCCGAUCUGCAACUGGGUGGUGAUCAGCCUCCCUGCCCUGGAGGACCACAUGACGAAGCACAAGGGCCUGACCAAGUCUGUGCUGUACCAGUGCCCCCACUGCCCGUACAGCACGGAGGAAGCGGCUACUCUGAUCGGCCACCAGAGGAGCCACGCCGACGAGAAGCUCUUCAAGUGCUGGGUGUGCGAUGAAGUUUUCGCGAAUUCAGGAGACUUCUGCUCCCAUCAGAGCAUGCACAUCAAUCGGGCACGACGCAGGAAGUCGAUCGUCCCACUGCCAGGAGACGUCUCACCAGAUGAGAGAACCCGCGCGGUCGAAAGGCCCUACCACUGCAAUGUCUGCGGGGAGGACUUCACUCAGUCGCACCACCUCCUCAACCACAAGAGAAUCCAUACGAACGAGAAGCCGUACGCAUGCACCGUGUGCGGAAAGGCGUUCGUGCGCUCGGACAACCUCGUCAUCCACAGUCGGGUCCACACGGGCGAGAAGCCGUACAAGUGCGCCACUUGCGGCAAGGCAUUCAACCAGUCGACGGCGCUCCUCAACCACAAGAGGACCCACACGGGCGAGAAGCCCUACGGGUGCACGGUGUGCGGGAAGCGAUUCGCCCAGUCAAGGGUUCUUGUCAAACAUGAGAGGACCCACACGGGCGAGAAGCCCUAUGGGUGCGCCACGUGCGGCAAGUCCUUCGCCCAGUCGGGCACCCUGGGCAUCCACAAGCGCACCCACACAGGCGAGAGACCGUACACGUGCGACGUGUGCGACAGAUCGUUCACGCACUUGGGCACCCUCCACGUACACAAGAAGACGCACUCGGGUGGGAGGUCCCUCACGUGCCCCACGCGCGGGAAGGCCUCCUCUGAGGCAGGGCGCCUCCGGGCGUGCCGGCAGGCCCGCGCGGGCUCGAGCGCGUCGACGCCGCCGGCCCGUCCCCCCCUCCUCCGCCGCCGCGCCCGCGGUAGGGCCAGGCUGCACGAGGGUGCGACUGCCCCUGGGGAGGUCGUGGCGAGCCUCGGGGGCGAGGGUCCUGCGGCGACCCCCUCGGCGACCCCCUUGGCAUCGCUAACAUCAGAACGGGGAGAGACCCUCAGCUUCGAGACGUGGCCAGGGGUGAAGGUGGAAUGCGACGGUGAAGAUCCUUCCGCCUCCCUGCCGAUCAUGAAGCAGGAGUGUGGAGGGAUCGCCAGCGUCGAGACUUGGCCAGGGGUGAAAAUAGAACUGGGGGGGGAGGAUUUUUCAGUUCCCCUCUCGAUUGUGAAGCAGGAACAGGAAGAAAGCCCCAGCUGUGAGACACGGCUGGAGUGAAGGUGGCACACGGGUGGCCGAGUCUUUGCUUUGGGAACGGAUGUUGAGGUCUACGUGGGAAGAGUAAAGGAGGAUGCUCCAAGCAAGCAUGUCGAGUGAGAGCGAGUCCUUGAUUGGGACCUUUGUUAAUUUGGUGGCAUGGGUGGAUAAUGUGUACUACACAGAGGGGCAAGUCUCGUGGAGUGGAGAUUAAAUUCUCGAGAAGCUGACCGAGAGAGAAAUGUUGAGAAAAUUCCGCGUGAUACAUCGGCCGAUCGAAAGCACGAGCGUAUCUGCACGACUAUGAAGGUACACAACGUGGAGACAAUAUUUUUUGUUCUGUGAACAGCUACACGUGAAGUUAAAAUUACGUAGACUCUUUGUUUUAUUUUAUCAGGUAAGGGCCCACCACUGAGCCACGUAGCUCUUUUUAGAAGCGACUUGGCCAUCACAAAUGAUACCUCAAGGAAGCGGCCUAUCAUCACGUGGACACUUAUAGCAGCAGCCAAAUACUCUCUUAACGCCUGGUGAUGUUGAUUUUAAAUGUCGGGUGGUGGGGGUGGGGGGGAAACCAGAGGACCCGGAGAAAAAUCUACAUGAACCACAUACAGCAGCCCGUGUCAGAACUGGGAUUGAACCCACGACCUCCUGUAUACCAGACGAGGUAGUUAACAUCAUGUCAUCCAACGGAGGAGGAGACACCAAACCAGAUUUUGAAGCAACACCUUUUCCGGACCUUUGCCGAUCUUGAGGUGUUAAAUGAAUACACAAGACUUGAUGAAAGAAAGUAAGUUGUGUAUUACGUGCCCGUGCUUAAUUUGUGUUUUGGAUUAUAAUUCAUCUUCUAAAACAAAUCUGGACAUUUCUCACACACCCCCAACUAAGGGCAUCUCGCACCUCCAGGGAGUGCGUGCACCCCCUUUUCCAAACAUAUUAAGAGUGAUUUUGCCUAUUCUUAAUGUAAUAGUAUUUAUAGAUCUGUUGUCUCGAGGGAGUUGAAAUUGGCUUCUAAGAGGAAGCCGCAAUAAAGGUAACUACACACAGAUAAUAGAUGGAAAUGACACACAACUUGGACAACCAGUUCAAAAGGGUAAGACAAAGCCAGAGAGGAACAAUAACAGAACCAUAGGGAACCAGGGGCCUCCACCAGACAGUGAGGUCCACCUAAAGGUGGGUAAUAAUUAUUACAAGCCCGGGCUGGAGAAAGUUUAAAAGUUCAGCAGUGGAGUUACAAGCUUAGCUAUACCUUCAACAUCAGGAUAUCAAAACAUAACUUGAGAAUAAGAAGCGCGGAUCCUUGGCGAUACAGACGGGGAACAAAGGUUAAUAGGACCCUCAAUAUCUUUGGUAACAAUUACUGCAUGCCACGAAUCUUUGUUAAGCAGAGCCGGACUAAUUAUCCAGCCGUGGAAGCGGAGCCUGGCUGGAUGCAGCCGAGUAAAAUCACGCCGUGUGCUCGCAUACACCCACUGACCCAACGCACUUUGCUGGGGACCUGAGGUAUUUUCGGUAGGAGGAAGCACACCGCUAACAAGCCGAUCACCGCCUCUGGACCCCAGAACCACCAAUAGCAGAGAUCGUACGUGGACAAACUCAAACCAUACUACCCGCUAUAAUUAUUGGACCUCUUGGUGACUGCCCUCCAGCACACACACACACAAUGCGCAUAUCGGUACAAAUAAGAUUGUUCCGCGGGGUUUUGGUUUCGCAUAAAGUUGCCAUUCCAAGAUGGUGUGUUACUGAUUAACUGGUCGUGGAGAAGCAUUGUUCUGUCCCUUAAAUUGCAUGGAUACGGUCGUUUAGCAGUAUUUUAGUCAUUUGUUUCUUUUCAUCACGUAAUUUUGCCAAUUUAUUGAUGUAAUACUAGCCAUUGAUAAGCAUCUAUUAGCCAUUGGCAUGUCCACUUUUGUUUCUGGAUAUUUCUUUAAUUGCAUAAUCACACCAAUGAAUUCAUUGAUGUUAUACUAGCCAUUGACAAGUAUCUAUUAGCCAAAUCUACACACUGGCAUGUACACUACUGUUUCGGGAUAUAUUUCUCUAAUUGCAUAAUCGCGUCGUUAAACUCACCACCACCCGACACAGCCAACUAGUAAGGGUUGUCACGUAAACAGAACAUGCCAAUUUGUCACUAGUACAGCUUGCCAGUGUGUUGGAGAGCCAAGCCACAACAUUUACAAUCUGAGUACAACAUUUCGCCAGUAAUUACAACUAGCUUCAUCAGGCGACAGCCAGAUUUGUGGAGAAGUCCACCUAUUUGUUCCUUAUAUAGAGACGUAGAUGUGGUGACGAAGCUUCUGCGCUCUUGAGUCAACGUACAUUAUGCAUGUGCAUUAUGCUGGCCCAUUGAUCUUGUCCUUCCUGUCCAUUGUGUGUAUUAAAAUUGCCGUACCAACGAUAAUCCCUAUUGAAGUAUGGUGGCCUGUAUAGGUAUGCAUUUAAACAAUGUAUUUGAUGAUUCGCUUCCACACAGCACUAAGUAGCUAUCUGAACGGUUAAAAUAAUUUGUAUUUCUUUCAAUGUCGAUGAAUUAUCUAAUUAGUCUUGGCCAGUAGUAGCUAAUUUAGCACAGAACGUCAACAUGAUCAAAAUAAAUUGAGUGUCCUUGUUGGCACGCAUGUUCUGCUAAUGCUGACAGUUGUAUUUGGGAGUAUUUAAUAUUUAUUUGGUGUUCUUUUAGU